UGACGCUCCUGUUUUUCGAUUUAUGAUUGGCAAAUUCAAGAGUAAAUAUUCAGAUUAUUAAUUAGUAUUAUUUCCCAUUUAUUUAAUUACAAUUCUUUUAAGAGUUUUUGUUUUAUUUAUCACAUAUUUUAUGACGGCCACUCGUUAUUGUAGUUAAAUAUAUCGAUUAAAUGCACCAAGUAUACUGAAAAAUGGCUGGAUAUGUUGAACACUUGUCUGAUGUGAUGGGCACUUUGUCAAUCAACAAUGACCACUGUAAUGAAUUUGGAUUGGAUGAAAAUAUUCGGACACAGUUAAAGGAAAUAGAAAAUGAUUAUGAAAGCAUUUUUUCGUGGGACAUCCAACAAUUAACAGGAGUUAAUAAAAACCUUAAGUUUAUCAUUAAUAAGGUUCGAGAAGAUUUAGAAAUGAUCAUAGACAAAGACAAUGAAUACGAUUUAAAUAGAUUUUAUUUACAACUAAUAGUUAGUUAUGAACUUUACAUUUGUAAAAGUUAUAAGGAAUCAUAUUUGGAAAUUGAAAAAAUUGUUAAAUUUAUGAAAACAUGUGAAUUUGAUGAGUCAAAUAAACAGUACUCUGAUGCUUACUAUCAUAUUGCUCAAGCCACCUAUGCCUAUAUUGCAUUAUCAUUGAAAAUUGAUUCAGAAAAGUUAUUAAAGAAUGUUAAAGAGAUCGAUUGUUUUAAUCGAGCGGAGCAAGCUGCAGUUUGUGCGGUUAAAGCUAGUGUUUUUAUGGAGUAUUCGCCCAAAGGAAACGAUAUAGCUUUAAAAUUUGCUGAUCAAGCUAGAACCCUUGAUUCUAUUGAACCUGAAUGGAUACUAAUUUGGCUAAACGCUAAAGGACGAGUUAGACGUUAUUACGAACAAUUUGCUAUGCCAGACAAUGAUGAAAUGAAUGCUGCAGAUAUAUGCUCUAAAAAUACUAAUGCUCGACUUUUAAUUCAAACUUCUAACGUAUACAUGGAAGCAGCAUUUGUUAAUAAAUUAAAAAAUAACCGAGAAGAAUCAAACAAAUAUUAUAAGCUUUCUUAUGAUAUUACUAAAAAAUCAGUUGAAUUAUUAGCCAAAGAUGAUAUACGACAGCUCUUUCUAUGUUUAAUGAUAUGUAUUGAUUAUCCUAAAGAGUUAUCGUCAAAAUCUAUGAUGGACAAUUUAAUUGAAAAACUGAUAAAUGUAAAAAAUAGACUCGUGGAUCAAGUUUUAGGAAAAUAUUAUUUUAAAAUUGAAAAGGAUUAUAAAAAAGCAAAAAUGUAUCUAUCUCGUGGAAUUACUGCUGGUAAUUUUAGUAGUUCAUGGCAGUUAGUAAAAUUAGAAUGUUUAUUACAAUCUGUCGAUAAAUUUCCUUUUGUCCAAAAAUUAAACAUGAUGUAUGAUGUUUUUCCAUGUCCAAAUAGGCGGCUUAUUAUUUUAUCACAAAUUUUGAUGUAUUACAAUUACUGUGAAUAUAAUCCUAAAGAAAUGAUACGCUACUUAAAAAUGUACAUUGACCAAGACAUUGAAGAUACAUUCAAAAAACGUCAUUUAAUUUUUACUUAUCCAUUGUUUAAGAUAAAUGGAUUCAGACCCAAUCAAUUUCUGAAUGUCCUAUCUAUAAAAAUUAAUGAAUUAGUGAACAAUAAUAAGUGGAGUUUAGAAGAAAGAAAGAUAAUAGACGAUAUAUUUGAUCGGUUCAAUAAUUUGUAUGAUAAUCGUUUUAAUGAUGAUAAUAAAACUACUUCCCACAGUAAAAAUGAUACCAAAAUGUAUCCUAAUAAUAAAAGAAAAAAUGAAUCUUGGCGAAAACAGAAGGUUGAUUUGUCAUCACAAAAUGAGUUUAAUAAUAUUCAUCAACGCCAAUUUGCUUCAAAAUAUGUUAAUCAAAAGAAGUCUUUUGAAAAACACGGUGGUCAGGUUAUAGAACCAUCAACAAAUCAACACAAAGAAAUUUAUAAUAGUUUUGAAAUAGCUGUAAAACCCCCUACUGAGUCAUUGAAGAGUUUAAACUAUUCAGAUAGUAUUGAGACAGAGCUUAAUAAGUUUGAUAACAGAUAUGGUGAUUCUAAACUAAGUUGGCGAAAUCAGCAAAAUAUUUAUCAAAAUCAAAAGAGCUUCGAAACAAUUCACAACCAUGAAGUUAAUUCUAAACGCUCUCAAGGAUAUAAAAACGAAUAUCUGAAAAAUCAAGAAGCUAAAAACCCAACACGUGAAUUUGGCGGCUAUAUGACAUAAGCGCAAAAGAUACAAAAAUGACCUAUCAUUUGCGCCAAAAUUAAUAUUUUAUGUAAAUAGGUUAUUUAAAAUUGCUAUCUUAUAAAAAAUUAUAAAAAAGUUUCAAUAAUAAA